CAAGGUGGAGGAUAUAGCUUGCAGCAAUCAAUCAAAUCAAUCAAAAAAUCACAGCCUAUAUCUGCCUGUACGAAGUCUACAUUCGUAUAGUUGUUUAUAGAUCCACUCAGACAGUUAAAUAAACCCAGUUUUGUUGUUGGUGUUUCUAGCGUUUGCAUUAUUACAUAAGAUCGCCCAAAUUUGCAAAAAUAUCGCGUUCACAACAUCAUUAUUCAGUCUUUUAGUACACAUCCGCGUGAAUAUUUCCAAUAAUAAACAGCAUAAAUCGACAGUAAUGACAUCAGAAAUAGCUACAGUGACCAUAAACCCCGCAGUUACUACCAACAAUGGUAAAUUAGCAGCAUCUAACCCGUCAUUAUCACCGACCACCACCACGGCUUCCGCACCGCAUCCAGUUCUCGCGGUCCCUGCAUCCAAGGGGAAAUCCAAUAAACGGCUCGAAUUGGAACGACUCAUACGAGAAUUUCAAACCAAGUUGGGCAAUAAUUGGGAAAAGUAUCACGAAACAUUGAGUCUUUUCUUGAUUGGGAAAUUAUCUCGUGCUGAGUUGGUAUCAACAAUCACUCCGUUAUUGAAGGAUGGAUUACUCAAAUAUCAUAAUAAAUUAUUGUUAUUGAACUUUGCAAAUUCUUUAAAGGAUGGUCCAUUGGAUUUCCUGAAUGAAUUUGCAUCAUUUUGGAAUAAGAAGGCUGCCAAAUCAACCAAGGUGAAAUCCACUCAAUAUGAAAAAUUCAAACAAAAUAUUAUGGGAUUACCAAUUAGAGAAAGAAGAAGAAUAAAGAAUAUAACUCGAGAUAGUGGAAAGAGAGGGAAAUUGAAUGCGGGUAUAACAUUGACGAGACAUACCUUACUUCCCAAGAUACCUAUGAUUCAGGACAAAGAGCAACAACAAUUACAAGUUAACAAUUUGGUGCAAUGGCAACAAGAUGUGGUUAAUGGUAUAAACACUCCAAUCGCUACUGAGAAUUAUGAAAUUCCUGAUUAUGAUAAUUUGUCACAACGAGUAUUGAUGACAAUGAGAGAAUAUGGUCUCACCGGAGGACUUAAUGCGGGCGUUCUUGAAGUUCUUUUAUUGGGAUUAGAAACUCAUCUUAAAAAUAUUGUGGAAAGUGCAAUUGAUGUUGCCAAAUACAGGAAAAACAAGUAUACCAACAAUGAUUAUAUACCAUAUGAGAAUAAAAUGGCAAUCAGUUCAUCUUCAGAAGAUGCGAUAAAUCUGAAUGAUCGAAAACGAACAUUUCAUGACAGAGAAGAACAAAAUUCUAAGGAUAUCACUUUGUGCAUUGAAGAUUUGUAUGAUACACUUGAAAUGUUUCCUCAUUUAAUCGAACCAAGUGGACCAAAGUACAGGUUAUCUAGUGUCAUGCUUGAAAAUGACGAUAUUAACAACGAAUCACUUGAUUAUGAGUUACCUCCACGUACCCAGUUCCACGAAGAGAUUACGGCUUCCACCUCCAAUGCCAAUCAACAAAUAGUAAAAUCUGUUCCUGCCAAGUCAACCAGCAUUGUUCCUGCUAAUGGCACAAACUUGAAUGGAUCAACACAAGAAAACCAUGCGAAAUCGCCUACAAAUACAAGCUUAUCUCCCGUACUUCAACAUUCCCAACCUGUGCCUAGACUGGAUGCCCAUAUAGGAACAACAGAUGAAUUGAAAUGGGUACUACAUGACUUGAUUUCUUCUAUGUAAUUUAUAGACAGAAUGCUUCAUUGCCAAUCUAUAUAUUUAUAAAUAUAUACAACCCUGUAUUAUUAUCAACUUUUUGGUUUGUAUAAAGAAUCCAUGGAAUUUAAUAAUUGUAAUUCAUCCAAGUAUUCAUAAUCAUAGUCAGAAUCCGCGCUUCCUAGGAAUAAACAUUUGGAAUUGUAUCGGGCAAAUGAGAAUAUCUUGGUUGUGGGCGAGUCACUGUUUGUGGUCAAUUUGAAUGUUUGUAAUAAUUCCAUUUGAUCUGGUCGUUGUAUGUUUCCUAAAUCCACGAUCAUAACUGUGGUUUCAUAUUGUUUGUCAGACGAUCCAGUUUCAACCGAGAAUAAAUGUACCACGAGUUCUUGUUCCACUUGUUUGGGUAUAGUCUGUACUAUACUCUCGAUGUGAUUCUUAUCUUCGAUUUGUAUUUUACUGGCUUGCAUUUGUUGAAUGAUUCCUUGAGAUGAUACGUUUUUCUUGGAAUCAAGAUUAUCAAACACUUGUAAGUUUUGAAUGGAAAUACACUGGUAUCGUAUUGUGAAUUGUCGAUUCUUUGUGGAAGAUCUUGGGUCCGAAAUGUGGUUAUAAGUCAACAACACCAACUCCAGUGUCGGUAUGCUAUGAGCUGUAUUAAUUAUUGACACGUUUGAUCCUCUUAAACUACUUUUCAAAAGACAUGAAAACUCAUCAGCGAUGACUGAGGCGGGUAUGUUCUUUGGAAAUUGUUUAUUGAAUUCAUAAAGCUUGCCUCGAGAUUGAAUUUCCUUUGUUUCUUCUUCAUUACUCACAACAUAAACUCGAAUUUUCCCUUCAUAAUCCAUGAUUGAGUUCUCAAGGAUUCUACGGUGAGUGUCAUGUUUAUACAUCUUAGCAAGAGCUUUGGAAUGUAUUUGCUCUAGGGAAUUAAACUCAGAUUGUUCUUUUUCGUCUAUUUCUUUAGCUGCGUCUAAAUUACUUUCAAUUGUUGAAAGUUCCGAUAGUAGUGAUUCCUUUUCCGAU